AGCGGGUGGCCCUCUUAAUUGAAUCCUACCUCAUUUACAGAGCGAUAUAGUGGCCGACUUCUAACCCCCAUUAAUAACCCGAGCCACUCUCUCCCUCCUUCCUCCUUUCUCCAUUUUAGCAGAACUCACAGGGACAUUAGUUCAUAAACUCGCACUUUCUUGUAAAGAAGCUCGGUCUCUAUUAUGGAGUCCAUCGGCACAGCGGAGGAAAGGGAUUCCGUCAUAAACGCAAACGGUCGUACGGGAGGUGGGUACGCACCUUUGCCCCCAACUUCGGUCCCCUUGUCCACUGGAACUGACACCCCCAGUACUACGGGACAGGUGACAAUGACUUCUUUGGGGGCGACGAGUAACCCUCCUCCUCCUCCUCCUCUUCCUCCUUCAAUCAAUGGUCCUACUACUCACGAAGGAGAUGGAGUCUCUUUUGAAACUACCAGUUCGACAGUUGGAGAAGAAGGCAGUGAUGGUAGCAGCUUCCCUAGCAAGCUGGUUCUUAUCCUCAAGAAGAAGAAGCUCACCAGCAAAGAUGGAGGAGGAGACUCUUUUGAGAAGCAGGUGAAGGAGAUAUCGAAGAACGACUCUUACUGUUGGGUUUGCCAUGAAGGAGGGGAGGUAUUGUGUUGCGAUAAGUGUCCGAGAGUAUUUCACCUUCAGUGCUCUGGGUUAGCUAAAGCACCUGAUGAUGACGAAGAAUGGAUCUGCCCAGUUUGUAAGAAUAUUUCAAGAAAGCCAAAGAGGUCAAGACCAUACAACUUGAAGGAGCUGUUGAAGCUGGCCAUCAGCAGAAUGAUGUUUCCAGGAACUGAAAUAUUUCAAAAAGACAUCCCAGAAGACAUCAUUAGUCAUUAUCGGGAAUACGUCUUUCAUCCAAUGCACCUGGGGAUCAUUAAAGAGAGAGUUCUCUCAGGGUACUAUAAUUCAACGAGAGAGUUUCUUCACCAAACAGAAUGGAUACUCCACAACUGUAUCAUUUACAAUGGAGGUAAGCACGCUCUGACUAAGAUUGCAAAGGGAAUAGUCAAGAUAUGCAAGGAAGACAUGAGAGAAGUUGAAUUAUGCCCCAGUUGCUAUGGAUUAACAGUCAAACAACCAAAUGACUGGUUCUGCAUUCCUUGUAACCCUCCUCAUAAAGUUGUACUUGCUAAAGUCCGAGGGUAUCCAUUAUGGCCAGCCAAAUUGAUCAGUGAGACCUCAGAUAAGUGUGACGUAAGGUUCUUUGGACAGCACGAUCGCUCCCUCGUCCCGAGGAACUGCAUACAAGCUCUCAACGGUCCCCCACCCACUCCAACCACAAAGACUGCUCAUUGGACCAUUGCUAUGGACGAACUCUCCAAAUACAGGAACAACAUUAACCUCAUGCUGAAGUACAUCGACACAGGGAAAACCCCUGAUGAGUUUAUUGCCGAGAAAAUGGCAGAACCUUCGAAACCAGCGCCACCAGCUCCUCCACGAGAGCCUGCAGUUAAGAUUCCUCGUCCUCCGAAGAAAGAAAAGUCGGAUAGACUAGCAACCCCUAGCCAACAGAACAUGUCAGUGUCUCCUACUCCCUCUAGCAGCCAUAAUGGGUACCCUAACGACAGGGCGGAGUCAGAGAGCAGGGAGUCAUCAGUAGCCCCGCCCCCUACGUAUCACGUGUCUAAUCACGUUCCAUGUUCCCCUCAGAUUGUGGUGGUGAACCCUCCGUUAUCCUCUGAUGAGUCCGGCACUAUUCAUGGUAACAGUGCUUCUUUCGCUCAAUCUUCAGAACCUUCCGGUCACUGCUCGGAGCCGUCUAGUCCUGGGAGUGAUGCUGGUGGCCUUACCAUUGACCUGGGAGAGAGGGAGGAGGGGAAGGGGAAAAGGGUUGCUCCCUCAGCUAAUAAAUCGAUGCUAAAGGGCAGCAAAAAGGUCAACAAGAUGGGACCGGAGGUGUUUAGCUUUAAUUCAAAAUACUCCGCCCAAGUUAUUAAUCCUCCUUCCAGCUAUCACCGUAGUUCAGGGGGCGUGGCCAGCAGUGGUUCAAAUUCCCAGUCUCGUCCAGGUGACGCCCUAUCACUAAUAACCCAUAAUCUAGCGGAAAAGAGAGCCCUUGAGCUUAGAGAUAGCUCCGCCCAUGAGGGCGGUGAGGAGGAUAUGGAGACUGCCUUCAGUAGUAUCUACCCACCUGGUAAGAGAGCGAUUGCUGUGGUAGACCCUAAUGCUAAGAGACAACCGAAACGGAAGAAAGGAGCAGGUGGAGAUGUAUCGCCUCAGAAAUCAUCUCGGAAACUUCGAAACAAGAAAAACGAGAUCCCCUCAUAUUCUUACGAAGGUACACCAUCUUUAAUAACUGGUUAUGAUACAAACGGAUACGCCAGCUGCAUUCAGAGAGGAGGAGUAAUGGAAACUGAUGAGGUUACUGGUAACAGUGGUGGCGGUGGGAGUGGCUAUGUUAAUUACGGAGAAGGUUUGUUGGCUAAUACAAUGAGAACCAUUGACCAGUCGUACAACGCUAGACUAGACGGAAUGGUGGGGUCUUCUAGUGACAUGGGGUACCAGUACUUCUCAGAAAAAUUAAUGUCAUCUAUCAAGACUGUUGUCAUAGAGAUGUUGUCAAUAUUUGAAUCAAAAGGCAAAUCCGGCGCCAAACAGAUCAAGGAGCACCUGCACACAGCCUGGCCUGUACCUGACUCAAGAUCACAGCUGGAGAAACUGAAGAAAGAACUCAAAGAAGAAAUGGAGAAAUCAAUGGAAGUGGUCCGUACGAGUGCUGACAUAGAGAGACAGCAAGUCAUUGCUGAAGUGAAAGCUCAAGCAGAGGCUGAGAAAGAGCUGGCGAUACUCGAAACAAAGAAGAAGAAAUGGUGUAGUUAUUGUUUUAAGGAGGCUCAGUACAACUGCUGUUGGAAUGCUAAUUAUUGUAACGACGUCUGUCAGCAGUCUCACUGGCCAGAGCACAUGUCACAGUGUACUCAAGUACAGACUCCGCCCACUGCCUUAGCCCCGCCCCCUCGCACCCCAGCAUCAGCACUGGACGGCAGUGGAGCUAAGCUUCUCUCUCCGUCUCAAACCGACCAAUCAGUUUUCACCUUCUCAGAAGCUUCAUCUUCUCAUCUUCAAAACCCGAUCGAAGGAACUGGGGGGGUGUCUGCUCCAGUCCCCUCACUAAAAUUGAGUUAUGAAUAUCCCAUCCAGGGACCCCCUGCCGAUAUGGUUGCUACGGUAACCACGGUCCCCGACUCUCAGACGAUGCUAAGUCUAACGGAGGACAGUAUAGUUAGUAUAGAGCAGCUGGUUAAUCAUGCGGCCAUGUUGGUUCAUCCCACAUCACCUCAAGGUUUCCAAACUGUCAUGAUCGGACAGCCGUCUCAGUCUCGGUUCCAGUCCACUUCUCCUGGUCAUUCCUCUCGUUUGAUAGCCCCGCCCCUUUCCUCCUCCUCUUAUGGCAUACACAUGCCUCCAUUAUCUCACCACGCUCACCCGAAUGUAAUCCAUCAAUUACCACGCCCACUCAGUCCUUCAACUCCGCCCAUUAAUUCAAUGGACCCACCCACUCACUCAUUACACUUAGCCCCACCUAUAGCUCCACCCACUCAUUCACUGGACGGUCAUCCUCACUCGUUACACAUAGCCCCGCCCACUCAUUCAAUUGAAAACCCCACCCAUUCGCUGCACGUUGGUAAUACGUUUAGUUGGCCGUACCAGCAGCCAGUGGGUAGCAUAGCUCAUGAUUUAUCACAGGGACUUCCCCUAAUGCCUCAGUUACCGGCCAACACACCCACCACUCAACCAAACCCACUCUUUCGAGUUUUUUAAACGGUCACCGCGGCUACAGUUUUCGUGACAACAGGUUACCAUGGAAACGUAUUAUUGUAAGAGGGAGAGGGAUAAAGCAGCAGAUUGGCAUUGUUGUUGGUGUUAUUUAAAAUGAUGUUUAUUCUCUUCUUUUUACGCUGUUUAUUUUUAGUUUAAAAUUAUUAUUAUAAAAACUAUGUACAUAACAUUAUUAUUAUUAUUAUUAUUAUUAUUAUUAUUAUUAUUAUUAUUGUCAUUUUUGGCAGCCACAGCAUUGACAGUCAUCAUCUACUUUAUCAUUUUUCAUUUCUUUUUUUUUCAUUAUUGUUACCUAUCUUUCUCUCUCCUUUUCACAAUCAAUAAGUUAGUACUAUUCUCUUUCUCUCUGUCAUAAUUAUUAUUAAUUAUAUACCUGCCCCGCCCUCUUUCUUUAAUUCAAUUCUGUUCAAUAUUAUUUGCAUGAAAAUACAUUUUUUGUUUAAUAUAUUUCCAAAUUCAUUUUGUAAAAAUAUGAAUUAUAUUAAUUGUUAUGAUUACCAACUUGCCAACAUCAUAGCCCAAAAA